AUGUUUGCAAAACUUGAAUACCUGAAUGGUUCACCAAAGAGGAAGAAAUCAUCAGCUAUUGCUAACGGUGAUAAUUUAAUAACAUUAAAUUCACCGACGGUGGUUCCGCCACGCAAGAUUGCUGAGAAUGAUUCCUCGGAAAACCAACUAGCGGUCCCCGCGCUAACAAUGAAACGUCAUCGUCUAAAUAUUAAAAAUAUUUCCAUAGCCGUUGUUAUACUCUUGGGCAUCUAUUUGGUCUUUUCAAGCGGUUAUCAUGACUAUGAGGCGGAUGGCAUUAUCAAAAAUACCAAACCGGAAGAUGUUUGGAAUUAUGUGUCCGAUUUUAGUAAAAUGAGACUCCUAAAUCCAUCCAUUUUGAAUUUCAAAAUACUAUCGGAUGGCGGCAAUACACACGAUUUUCGUUAUACCGUUGAGUACACUGAACGUCUGAACCAUUGGCCCUAUUGGCUGAAUACGGCAAGAGCCAAUUUCAAAGUUAUGAAAUCGAUGCCGCAUAUUCAACCACAAGUAUAUUCGAUCGAAUCUCAACAUGAAACAUGUUUUUUCAAAGGCCUAUAUUGUUUACAUGCGGAUAGUGAAGCCAGUUUUGUGGCACGUGACAAUGAUACCUACUGCAAAGAAAAAAUACGCUAUGAAUGUCCACCAUUUUUGGGAGCAGCCUGUAAACGUGAAUUGGAGUUUCAACGAAAAGCGGUAAUACACAAUUUAACCGUGAUAUUUAAUCGUAAACAUUGA